AUGGCAGUGGCCUGGAGUCGACUGCUGUCUUUGUUGCAGGCUCACCGCUUCAAGAGCUCAGCGGUGCUGGCCCUCGUGGCUCUCAUUGCCGUCUGGCAGCGCUCUCAGCGAUCUCGCCGUCUCAACGGACGAGAUGGCGGACGCUCCAAGAAGAAGCCAGCUUCGGAUGAGCGCCAACGUCUGCCCAAGGCCACUAUUGCCGAUCUUCUCAAGAUCGUCUUGCCCUCACUCAACUUUCAAUCCGGGAAACACGUGCUUGCCCUGGCAGGCUUUUGCCUGGCCAACACUCUCCUUUCUGAUCGAAUUGCUCGCCUCCAAGGCGCCAUCUUCAAAUCCAUCUUCACUCAGAACAUCCCCGUCUUUGGCCGUCACAUUGUGGCAACCAUUGCGCAGCAGCUCGCCAUGGCCAGCCUCACGAGUGGCAUCGACUACCUGGUCAAGAUGAUCGCCAAUCGCUGGCGCGUCAAGCUCUAUCGCCACGUACAUGCCCUCUACUUCAAAGGUCUCACUUAUUACAAGCUCUCCUUUGUCGACAAGCGCAUCACUAGUCCCGAGGAGGCGGUCCUGGACGGCAGCUUUUUUACCAUGCGCUUGGCGCAGGAGACGUCCAUGGGCUGGUCCAUGGUGACCUGGGCCUACGUGGUGUCGGCCGUUAUGAUUGUGCGCUCAAUCUCACCGCCUUUUGGCAAGCUGCACGCCAAGCGCGGGGAACUCUCUGCCAUCUUCAAGCAGGCCACCUCGCGCCUGAUUACACAUAGCGAGGCGAUUGCCGCCCUGGCCGGCGAGUACCGCGAAACAAAGAUCAUCUCAGAUGCAUUUCGCGCCCUCAACAAGCACAUUGAGCAUCUAAUCAAGACACAAUGGACCUUUGGCAUGGUGGAAGACUUUAUCACCAAGUAUUGCGCCUCCACCGUGGCCAUGAUCGUCAUUCUGGGUCCCUUUUUUGGUGGCACCCUGCGUUCAGACUACACGCCUGCAGGCAACGCUGCAACUCUGGCUCGCAUGCGCUACGUCACCUCCGUGAUCAUCAACCAGCUGACGGCAAUCGCAGGCCUGGCGCGCAGCCUGCGCAAAAUCAUGCAGCUGCAAGGUGUCUCCAAGCGUCUGGGUGGCAUGGAAAAACUCUUGAAGCAACUGGGUGCCGCCGGUGCUGGCAAGUCGUCGAUUUUCCGCUGCCUGGGGGCCCUUUGGAGCAUCAAGCAGGGCACCAUUGUCAAGCCUGGCGGCGCCGAAGCUGGUCUGCACGAUUCUGUGUAUUACCUGCCCCAGAAGCCCUACAACGUGGUGGGGAGCCUGCGCGAACAAAUUACCUACCCCGCCACCGAUGCCGCAGUCAUGGCGCGCCUGACCGACAGCUUGCUUGAGGAACUCUUGGCCUUGGUUGAUCUAAGCCAUCUGCUCUCCAACCAGACGGACGAGAACGUCAACUGGGAGGAAACGCUGUCCCUGGGAGAGACCCAACGUUUGGCCAUGGCCCGCUGCCUCUUCCACCAACCUCGCUUUGCCAUUUUGGAUGAGUGCACGAGCGCUGUGAGUCACGACAUGGAACGUCGCUUGUACGAGCUCUGCGCCAAGUACAACAUCACGUGCAUCACCAUCAGUCACCGGCCCGCCUUGAUUGCCUUCCACGACCUCAAGCUUGAGCUCGAUGGAACCGGCGGGUAUCUGUUGGAACGUAUUACUCACGACGGCGCCACGGGCCCGACCACGCGCUUGCUGUCCCACGGCCAGUACCGUGACGAUGCCGGCGGUGAGUCAGGGGCUGAACCCACCACCACAGACUUGCAGUCCAAAGAUGAUAGUCAAGACGACAGCGUCGUGGAGGAUAUUUACAGUGCUGCUGUUGCUGCUGAUUUUGCCUCCCUGCCCGACCCGCGCGCCAUGGUGGAGGACAUUCCCACGCCCACGCGUCUCCUCAGUUUUCUGCGGCACUUGGUCCCACGCUUUGCCGAUCCGGCCUCGAGCUAUCUUUUGGCAUUGGUGGGCGUGGUGGUUGCCCGAGUUGCCUUGUCGGAUCGCAUCGCGCGCCUCAAUGGCGACACGGUGCGCUUGUUGCUGCUGGAUGAUCUGCGCGGUUUUCAGCGCCUCGUGGGCGUCAGUCUGGUGCAGUGUGUGGCGUCAGCCGUCAUGGCCCCAUUGCUGCUGUACUUGACUCGACGGCUCUCCGUGCUCUGGCGUGAGCGUCUGCACAAGCGCUUUUUCGAGUUAUUGGUACAGCACAAGGCCUUUUACAAGCUUGUGCACGUCCACCGCGCGGUCGACAACAUCGACCAGCGCCUGACAGAUGACUUGGAGCGCUUCUGCCUGGACCUGGCUGGCACGUUUCCGGAUAUUGUCAAGCCCAUUGCCGAUAUUGCUUGGUUCAGCUAUCAAUCAGUGACCCUGAUUGGGACGCAGCGCACCGGACUACUCUACCUCUACGCCCUGGGUGGUCUAGGUUUGCUUCGUUGGAUUGCCCCCGACUUUGAGCGCCUGGUUCAAGAGAAGGCGUCUCUCGAAGCCGCCUUCCGAUACGUGCAACUACGUCUGCGCACGCAUGCUGAGUCAAUUGCCUUUUUCGGUGGCAACGAGCUUGAGGCCUCCAUCGCUCUUAAAGCCUUUGAUCGCUGCAUCGCCCACACUGAGCUUUUGAACAAGCAAGAGCUGUGGUACAACGUGGCUGACAACUGGGUCGUCAAGCAAAUGCCCUCCAUUGUCACCUGGGGUCUUUCACUCCUCUAUGCUCGCCAUGUCUCGCCGACCGCAGCGUAUCAGCUGGAUGUCGUGCAAGGCGGUGAACUGGGUCACAACCUACGCUACGUUGCCUCGGCCGUGUCCCAUGUAUUCCUGGCCUUUGGAGAGUUGCUGCAGUUGUACAAACACCUACAAAAGUUGUCUGGCUACGCCAAGCGUCUCACCGAGCUCGAAGACAUGCUCGUGGUGCUUGCGACCCCGGAUAGCUCCCAACUAGCUCUGGUAUUCUUAGUGCCGCAGCGGCCCUAUUGUGCACCUGGCAACCUGGCAGAUCAAAUCACGUAUCCUCGCAAAGCAGAUCUGAUGGAUGCAGAGCAGAUGGCGCUGCUCAGCGAGCUGUUGGCCAGCGUCCAGUUGAGCUAUCUGGUGGAGCGCCAAGGAGGUUGGGCAACUGAGGAUAAAUGGGAAGACGUGCUGUCUCUAGGCGAGCAGCAGCGACUGGGCAUGGCUCGUCUCUUCUUCCACUGCCCCACCUUUGGUGUGUUGGACCAGUGUACGGAUGCCGUGUCGGUUGAUGUGGAGCGCGAGCUGUACCGCUUGGCCAAGAUGCGUGGCAUUACGAUCCUGACCAUCUCGCAGCGCUCGGCGCUAGUUGAUGAGCAUUCGCAGGAGUUGCGCCUUACGGGCCACGGGCCCUGGACUGUGCGGGCCCUCACAUUGUAA